CAUACUCUCCCAACGCACCCGCCUGCCCGCCUGCACCUCAUCCACGCCUCCGUCAUGUGGCCGACGACGGCCUUAAUACGCUGAUGCCUUAUAUAGACGAGCUCAUGCUCUCUUCCUCUCCGCACAGGGCUCCGAAGCCUCCACGCCUUGUCGACCUCUGCCGGCGUUCCACCCGAAAGACACCCUCUUAAGCUCCAUGAAUCCCAAAGACCCUGCUACACGCCGCUCUCGACGCGGGUCCGUGUCUGAUCCCUUAGCCCAGAUACACAGCUUGGCGUCGCGCACCGAGAGCCUCACAACCUUUGGCGAUUUUGCCUCGCCGCCUUCAUCGUCCGGCGCAGACGCGAAAGGCAUCGACCUAGUUCAAGGCGGUUUCAGUGGGCUCUACAGUCGCUUGAAGGCGAGCGUGGGAGGCGCAAGGGAUGGCAACGAGGCCCCCGAUGAUGUAUCCAUCAGCAGUGCCAAUAUGCGGACAACGAAGCCGUCGCAGACACCAAAGAGCCCAGGCACCGCAGUCUCCUCCCCCGUUGUAGUAUCCGUUCCCUCGUCAAGACUGCAAUCACCUGCAGUCACAAGCUUUCCUGAUGUCCAACUUCCUCCAUCCAGAGAUUCGAACAACUCAGGCCUAGCCGCUGCGUCUAGAGGGUCGUCGAACGGACCGAAGCCCGCUUUGCCAACAAACAAAUCGAGAGGCUCUUUGGUAGCUAGCAUCGAACCGUUGAAACUAUACAAAGAUAAUGACAACGGGUCCCAAAGCCCGGCAGGUUCUAUUGCUAGAUCGAAGAAUGGCCGUGGGCUUGAUAGUCCUCAGCAUCCGCCCUCGGCCGGGCUUGGAACACCCAAUACAGUCGAGGGAGCACGCUAUGUAGCAAGCGGCGACGAGCCUUUCCGCCAAUCUAGAGAUGACAUGGACCUUCGGGAUGACGAGAGUGAUACUACUGAAGACGACCUGGUGAUGGUUGACGGAGGAGCCUUUUACGAAUCUACAAAGUCACAGCAAAAUCCUAAUGAUACCGCCACAGGCGACUCUGGGCUCCAAAGAAUUGUUUCUCGAAGGGAUGACGAUAAAAUCCAGCCUUCAACCACACUUGGAAAUUUACCAUCUAAAGGUGCAGACAAGAGUGAGCUUGCCGAUCGUGUGCUAGACAAGCUGGCUACCGACCCUGCCUAUAAAUCUUUCAUAGCUCCUCAAAGACCUCCCAUGCUACAAAUCAGCCAGUCCCACCUACCAGGAUACAGACACUCGCGGACAUCUUCCUCUGACGGUCUCAGCUCUAUUGCCACUAUCGCUCCAGCUCGGAGCCCCCGAUUUCCACCCGUAGAAGAACAUCCGCGAGCAAGACCCCCGAGUUCUCUUUCUCGGAACCUUCCUAAUAAUGCGUUCUCUCAAUCGCGCCGGAAAAUCCUACCGAAAGAAUUUUGGAUGCGGGACGAGAAUGCUAAAGACUGUUUCUAUUGCGGAGAUGCUUUCUCAACUUUUAGAAGAAAGCAUCACUGCCGAACUUGCGGCCAGAUUUUCGACGCCAAGUGCACCUCCCUAGUAUCAGGCAAGCUGUUCGGCCAGUCCGGCAAUCUUAGAGUUUGCAAACCUUGCGAGGCUCUCCUCUAUGGAGAUGAUGACGACUCUUCGGUAUACACGGACGAGGCAGAUCGCAAUUCUCUAUACGAGCAAGAUGAAACUCUGGGCUUCAUGGACGACAUAGACCGCAAUACGGACACAACCGAAAGCGACCACACCAAGAUAGGGACACCUACAAUCAGCAUUCCGAUGUCGCGAAAAGCUGGAGGAGAGAAGAAGCGCCGAUCUGCCGUUAUUGAGCUUGGAGCGCCACCGAUGUUGGCGCGACCCAGCUCCUCCAGGUCACUCAGAUCCCUCAGUGGGAGACCCCGAUCGUCAAGUCACAAACGCCAUCUUUCCCGUCAUCAGCACAUGCGACAUGUUCGAUACGAUGAACGAGCUCCUUUUCAUCGUCACGAUGCGGAAGACCUUCGGAAUCGCCCAACGCUUCCGGCUUUCCACCACGACAAUAUCAUCGAUCCAGAUCUCGCAGCUUUCAUGUCUGAUGAGGAUUCAAGCGAUGAAGAACCAGCCAGCAUAUUCGCAACUCUCAGCGCAGAUUCCCCCCCUCAUGCGAGUGGAGAGAGUGAAAGAAGUGGACUUGGCGGCCUCUUGGCAGCUAUGCGGAAGGGGAAGUCUAGGAUCGGUGAAAGGAGUGUAGUUGGGAAUCCACGAGACACGGACACCGCAAGCAUUGCGAGUCGCCAAAUGAAUCGACAUUCAAGAAGACGGAAUAUGAGCGUGAGCAGCACGGUUGGACUCCGGCCUUCUCCGCGAAGAUCGAAAAGCAACAGCCUACUCCGAUCGAUUGGAGUUGGCCUCGGUGGAAGCGUUGGGCAACCGCCAGCUCCCAACAAUCAAACACUUCCUUUGCCCAUAGUAGGUUUCCAGAUGACACGUAGCUCAUCAAUGCAAGGAGGCAAUGCGCCUGUCGUUGAGCUCAACCAAGCAAGCUUGCACCAUGUCAGGAAGUUACUGAAGCAGAUGCUGUAUGACUCCGGAAUCCCAAAUCUGGCUAGAUGGGAGAAAGCUCUCAUGCCCAUUUUGCUACAAUGCACGGACGAUGUCAAUCCUGAUGUUCAACAUAACGACGAUAUUGACAUUCGGCAUUACAUCAAACUAAAGAAAAUCCCCGGGGGAAGACCAGGAGACACUUCAUACGUCUCGGGUGUCGUCUUCACGAAGAAAGUAGCUCUGAAAAGCAUGCCGAGGAGUAUUGCUCAUCCCCGUAUUCUGAUCGUGACAUUUCCGAUAGAGUAUGCGCGCCACCAGCAACAUUUCAUGAGUCUAGAACCGGUCAUUGCGCAAGAGAGGGAAUAUCUACGAAAUCUAGUUGACCGAAUAGCCGCCCUCCAGCCUUCCGUGCUACUCGUGCAGCGCAAUGUUGCUGGUCUUGCGCUGGAGUUCCUCGAAGAAGCUAACAUUGCAGUCGCGUACAACGUCAAACCAACGGUUCUCAACGCUGUCUCGAGAUGUACUCAGACGCGGAUGAUAUCCUCUGUGGAAAAACUCAACAUAGAUCCUUCGCAUCUCGGACGAUGCCAAAGUUUCGAUGUCAAAACAUAUGUCCACGAGAAUAGGAAGAAGACAUUCAUCUACUUGUCCGGUUGUCAAAGUGAUCUGGGGUGCACGAUUGUCUUACGCGGCGCUACGGUUGAAACACUCAAGGCUCUGAAGAAGAUAGCCGAAUUCCUCUGUUUUGUCGUCUACAAUCUGAAGCUCGAAACUUGUCUUAUGCGGGAUGAGUUCGUUCUCAUACCAUCGACUACCAUGGGAGGGACAAUUUUGGCAGGAAAAAAGGACCAUUCCAGAUCUAAUCUGGAGAUCGCUGACACUUCUCGAGACUCCGGAUCUGCGGCUCCGCAAAAUCAAACACCACAAACUACGAAUGAAGCUUCCGAUGUGAACUCUCACGCUAUUCAAACGGACACAGACGACAACGUAGCAAACGCCCCGAUAUCAGCCAAAAACAGCAUUACGAGCAACUCUGCAACUGCCUUGACUGUUCCAGAUGACGCUCCACUGCCUUCAUUCUAUGGCGAAAUGGUCGAAACACAUCAGACAAAGAUACUUUCGGCCUCGCCCUUCGUAAAAUUCAUGCCGCCGUAUCUCUUGAUGCAGGCCCGCGAGCAGGAACGAAAAGUAGGGUAUCUGAAGAACCUCCGCGAUCGUUAUACUACGGAUGACGAGAAGACGAGUACAGACGACCCCGAGGAGUUUGAAUUGGUCCAACCGGAGAUGGUUCACACCGUCCUAGAACAGACGUCCAAGCAAGUGCGCGACUUUUUACACGCGGUCCAUAAUGCCGAAUUUGAUAAGGCGUUGCAUGCAUACCAGACUCAAAAACGACAAUGGGAGGGUUACGUAUCAAGCAACCUAAAUCUCUUCGACCCAUUCAACCACCAGAAAAUCGCAGUCUUAUAUAGCGUGGUCAACUCAGUCACAUCCACUCCGUGCGUUGGUCCCGAAAUUAUCGCCUUGGCAUUUUACCAUGAGCAUGAUUACGAUGAUGGUUUCACACCUGACUGUACACUCGGUCAGUACGUCGAAGAUCUUUGCCACGGCGCAAGCACGAUCUGCGACGUGAACGGGUGUGAUAAGAGAAUGUUGGAUCAUCAUCGCCAAUACGUUCACGGAGAGGGCCAAAUGAGUGUCAUCGUCAAGAAGUAUCCUUCUAAGAUACGAGGUCUCCACAACACUAUUCUGAUGUGGAGUGUCUGUCGAAAAUGCGCUAUCGAGACUCAAGUCAUCCCGAUGUCCGAGAACACAUGGAAAUACUCGUUUGCAAAAUAUCUAGAGCUCACUUUCUGGAGCACGAAGCUGCAUCCUCGUGCAGAUAUAUGUCCGCAUGACAUUCAUCGAGACCACGUCAGGUAUUUCGGACUCAACAAUGUUGCAAUUCAGAUUCAGUACGACAACGUUCACCUCUAUGAAGUCAUAGUGCCCCGACCGACCGUGACUUGGAAGGUGGAUAGCGAUCUCCGCCUGAAAAAUGAACAGUUUCUCAAGAUAGAGGAUCGGCUAGACAGGUUCAUGACCUCCGUCAAAACACGUCUUAAGAGUAUCCACGUCGAAAGUGUAAUACCGGAGAAGAUCGAAGCCUGCCGAGCUGAGGUUGACAAAUUGACGAAGCGAGCUAGUGAGGAACAUGACUGGCUACGACAAAAACUACAAGACAAGUACAUGUGUUCCAGGUACUACGAAAUCAUUCCUCUCAAUAGAGCCAUUCGAGCUAUCCAAGAAAAAGCAAUUUCGUGGGACGAUGCUUUUGCGGAGUUUGAACAUCAAUUCUUCCCUUCAGAGAAAGACAUUAGGCGACUUGCUGCACUUCAACUGAAAAAGAUUUUCCUCGAGCGCGAUGAGUCCUCUAGCUCAUUGGCAUCCGUCGAGGAGGGAAACGAAGCCUUGUCAAGCCCAGAGCUACGAGAGAAAGGCGAGACGCUCUCAUUGAACCCUAUGCCUUCCCACAUGUCUCCGGAGCACGCUAGAGAUAUGCUCACAUCAGUGGUCGAAGAAGACCAAACAUCUGGCUCAAGGCUAGGAGAAGAACAGACCUCAACAGCCGUUCGCCAUGGACCUAGUUCCCGCCGUAACUCCAGUAGCAUUAACCCAGAAAUGCUUCUCCAAACUCCCAUCGAAGCCUUUGAGAGGGAAGAUGUCCGUCACUUGGACCUUGCGGUGUCUUCUAAUUUCCGAGAGAGCACAUCCUCUCCGAAGGCUACACAAGAUGUGAACCCACCUACCUUGUCGCCAGAAUCGAGCAUCUCACAAGAAAUAGCGCCUACGAUUACCUCGCCAUCUAUCAAACCAGAACCGUUGGAUGAUUCCAUCUCAGAAGCCGUGGACAGUAUGCAACAAACUGAACUCAACAGCUCCUCGGCUGGGUCAAUCAUUGAGUCGAAGAUACCUCGCUUAGUCGAUGCCAUUCGACGUGAAGGUGUUUUGAAACCACCGGCUAUGACUCGGACUCAAUCGCAGCCGGGCGGUUUAUCUCGGCGAGACCAAUAUGGCAAUGGUUCAACUAGCAGUAUCACGACGUCUAUUGGAACCAGCAAAGGGGAUUCGCAAAAGAUGAGCCUCAGUGAAUCUGCAAAAGCUCUAGAGAGGAGAAUGACAGAACGUCUAGGGCUAGGUUCCUUCAAGGCAUCAAAGUCGUCUAGCCAUUCAAUGAUUCCUAGAUCUGUCCCUCGAAAGCGCAAUGAGUCCAAGGUAUCUACUUUGGCAAAGCACUUUGAACAGCUCAGUCGCGAAUUCGAGAAAGAGCGUCUUCGUGAGAGACGCCUUCGAGCAGAGCGAAGCCGCCAAGCGCGGGCAUACCCUUUGGCGUCUUCAAAGCCCAUAGUAGAGGUGUAUCACGAUGUACAUGACGCUGUACAGGAACAGAGCCAAUCGGAGGAGGACCCUAGCACAGCCACUCCCGCUCGGCUUAGCACAGACAACAGCACGCUCGAGGACAGUAGUUUCUCUGGAACUACAGAACCAACGACCGGAACGGAGUCGCCCACCGACGAACGAAAUCCCAAGAGUUCAACCAGUCCAUCUAUUGAAAGUCAAGAACAUGGAGCGAACACCAGUCAUCCUACUUCAGACGCCGAGGGCGACGCUAGCGAUAUUGAGAAUACUAUCUUGGACGAUUUGCGACUUCCCGAAAGUAUCGACGAGUCACAACUCCUAUCGCCAACAGAAUCGCAGCUCGAUAUCAGUCUGGAGCUGCCGAAGCACGAGAAAACUUCUUUGAUGAAAAUGUUGACGAGCUUUUGGUCUGAACGUUCGGCUAGUGGAUGGGCGCCACUGGAUUACCCAUUCGCCCAGAUCGAACAUGUAUGGGAGGACUCCGAUAUCAUUGUCCGUGAGGAUGAGCCAAGUUCUAUCAUUGCGCUAGCAUUGUCAAGCCCAGACUAUCUUACUAAGUUGCAUAGUUUUCGCACUGAGCAGAGUAAGAUGGAGAAUGCAAUGGGACAAAACGGUCUCGCAGACUCCGAAGCCUCCAUUGAGCGAAAUCUACUCCACCAAGCAAAUACGAACAUUCGCUACGGCUUCACCAAUCGCGGCGUGAAAGCGCAAUGCAAGAUAUUCUACGCCGAAUCAUUUGACGCACUUCGCCGGAAGUGCGGAGUCGCUGAUCGCUUUGUCGAGUCGCUGUCCCGAUGCUCUAAAUGGGACUCUAAGGGUGGUAAAAGCAAAUCACUUUUCCUCAAGACACUAGAUGACCGUUUCGUCUUGAAAUCUCUCUCACCAAUCGAAGUCAACUCUUUCUUCCGGUUCGCGCCAAACUAUUUCGCCUUCACCCACAAGAAUCUCUUCGAAGGAUUGCCGACCGUGAUCGCAAAGAUGUUCGGUCUCUUCCAAGUGCAGAUCAAGACACCCACUGGCCGAGACUUUGACUGGUACAUGCUAGUUAUGGAGAAUCUCUUCUACGAUCGCGAACCGAACCGACGAUUUGAUCUCAAGGGUUCCAUGCGGAACCGGAAGAUCCAAAGCACUGGAGAGCGCGAUGAGGUUCUGUUAGAUGAGAAUCUAGUCGACAUAAUCUACUCUGAAACGCCUAUCUUCGUGCGCGAGCAUACGAAGAAGCUCCUCAAAGCCUGCGUCUGGAACGACACGCUUUUCCUAUCCCAGCAAAACGUAAUGGACUACAGUCUCAUGGCCGGUUUCGAUGAUACGCACCGGGAAAUCAUCGUCGGCAUUAUUGAUUGCAUCCGUACAUACACCUGGGACAAAAAGCUCGAAUCCUGGAUCAAAGACCGCGGGAAGAACAAGCCAACUAUCACGUCGCCUAAGGACUACCGCAACCGUUUCAGAAUCGCGAUGGCGAAAUACAUCCUCCAGGCACCGAACUGCUGGCACCAGUUUACGGAACAGAGCGUACAACCGCGGCAUAUUAGGUCGGAGGCACAAGCGGAGCAGGAAACGGUGAUGGACUCCAAUGGUGAUGCUCGGGCGGUAAUUGGGCACUUUUGAGGCGGGCAUGCUGAAAACACGUUGAUGGCGAUAGGUAUGGCGUUGAUAUGGGUAUUUGGGUGUAUAACGAUCAGGUGUUUUGGGGGGCGGAACUUUUCGUAGAUAGAUAUGAAAGUUAGUCAUCGGAUUACAAGCUUCCUAUCCGUUUCAACAUCAG